AGCGCUGAGCGGCUGAGCGCAAUUAUUUUCAUAGGACAAGUCAGGCAAAGCAAAGCUGAGAGUGCGAUCCAGUGCAAUGAGUGCAAUCAAUGAGCUGAAGUAAUGAACUAUAGCUCUUAAAAUAUAAUAAUAAAAUUACGAUUACAUCGCUUAUAGUUCCAACAAAAAAUACACUUAAUAAUAUUAUGCUCUCUUAGGAGAGUAUUACCUAUAUUUUUUGGACUAAUAUAUUGAAUAUAGGCCAAUCUGAUUCUUAAUAAUACAGCGUUAAUUUACAUAUAUUUUUCUCAAUCUCGAGACUAAUAAUUUGAAUAAUUUUAUGUUUAUUAAUUUCAUAAAACAUUGGUGUGACUACUCGUAUUCAAUUAAAUAACAUAAAAAAUUAAUGAAAAGUGUCUACUUCACAAAAACGUUAAAAUUAAAUUGAAAGCUAUGAGCGAUGAAAAACAGCCACUCCUAACUGGACCAAACAGUCCAGAAAAUGUAAUUGAAAUACAAUCAGCCGAACCAGUGAUAAAUGAUGAUGGUCCUUCAACUGAGAAAACAAAAGGCGACUAUUGCCCUGCAUCAGAAAGGUGUUUAGAAUAUCCAACAUCAAACUUUGAUACAAUGAUUCAUCUUCUUAAAGGUAAUAUAGGAACGGGGAUACUAGCUAUGCCUGACGCCUUCAAAAAUGCGGGACUUAUUUUUGGUGUAUUUUGCACGUUGAUUAUGGGUGCUAUGUGCACUCAUUGCAUGCACAUAUUAGUACAGUGUUCUCAUGAACUAUGCAUAAGAAGUGAAAAACCAGCUUUGAGCUUCUCCGAAGUUAUUGAGGACUCGUUUUUGUCAGGACCGAUUGUAUUUCGACCAUAUGCAAAGAAAAUGAGGGCAUUAGUCAAUAUAUUUCUCGUUAUAACACAACUGGGAUUUUGCUGUGUGUAUUUUUUAUUUGUCGCUACUAACCUUCAAGAUACAAUGCAUUUAUUUCGUAUAAAUCUAAGCGUACAUUUGUACCUGACUCUGUUAUUUCCGCUAAUCGUCGCAUUAGCUAUGGUAAAAAAUUUAAAAUAUUUGACACCAGUGUCUCUGGUAGCAUCCAUAAUGACAGCUUGGGGCCUAGCUAUCACGUUCUACUAUAUUCUUCAAGAUUUGCCGCACUCUAAAGAAGUGAAUCCGAUAGCCACAUGGCACCAGUUACCAUUGUAUUUCGGUACAGCAAUAUAUGCGUUCGAAGGAAUUGGAGUGGUAUUACCUCUGGAAAAUAACAUGAAAACUCCUGAAGACUUUGGUGGAUGGAACGGCGUUCUGAACACGGGUAUGGUCAUAGUGGCAGCUCUGUACACCGCAGUUGGAUUCUUUGGUUAUUUAAAAUACGGAGACAGCGUUCAAGGUAGCAUAACUCUGAAUUUACCGAAUACUUUAUUGGCGCAAAGCGUUCGUUUUGUGAUGGCAGCUGCUAUAUUUUUGUCUUACGGCCUUCAAUUUUACGUGCCAAUGAAUAUUGUUUGGCCCUACGUGAAAUCUAAGCUUUCAUCAGAAAAUGCUUUAAAGCACGGCGAGGCGAUGACCCGUAUCGCCCUAAUUUCAAUAACGUUUUUGGCUGCAGCGAUGAUUCCAAACUUGAGUGGAAUAAUUUCAUUGGUGGGCGCCUUCAGUAGCUCUGCGCUCGCACUCAUAUUUCCACCACUGAUCGAGAUCAUGACGUUUUGGCCGGAUCAGCUCGGGAAAAACGAUUGGAAAUUUUGGAAAGAUAUCGUCAUUAUUGUUUUCGGUGUAACAGGCUUCCUGUUCGGUACUUAUACUAGUAUAGAGAAUAUAUUAAUAAAAUCUUAAAUUAUAUUAAAUUUUAUUACAAUUCUAUAUAAUCGAAUAAUGACAUGAAUAACUAACUACCAAAGAUUUAUUAUGAAUAUAAUCAUGACAAUAAAAUUUUGUAGCGUUCUGCUUUUGUGGCUAUUAUUAUUAUGAAACGUUAAAUA